GGGUGGCCGAGCUGGCACAUGCUGCAGGUGGGGCUCAGCCUGCCCCGCUGCCCCGGGGGCGCGGCCGCCGCCUUCCCCAUGGCCCAGCCGGCCGCGGGCGAGGACACGGGCACCGGGCGAGAGGUGCUUGGCUCGUCCCCGGUCACCAUCGUGGUCACGUCCGAGGCCGACACCUGGGACAUCGACACCUCCUCCUGCCUGGGCUGCGGGCAGUUCGUGGACUGGGACAAGAUGCCGGAGCCGCAGCGGGCGGCGCAGGUGCCGCGGGACGUGCUGGAGCGGCCCCCGAAGGAGCUGAAGCGGCUGGCGAGGGAAGGCUGCUGGGGCUGGAGCCCCGCGGGCCGGGCCCGGCUCUACCCCCGCCUCAUCCAGCGGGUCUCCUGCCGCCUCGUCACCCCCGACGCGCUCGUCUACAGGGACGUGGCCGCCCGGCUCUUCGGGAAGCCCAGCGAGAGCUGCCACCCUCUGCCCGAGUUCCUGGAGGGCUGCGCCGUGCCCACCUACUGCCUCAACCCGCACGGGGUCACGGCCCUGAAGAAGAUCCUCAUCUGCGUGGGCGCCCUGUUCCCCGACAUCACGCACAGCCCGCUGCUGCCCGCGCUGGCGGCGCUGCUGCUGCACUACAGCGAGGACGAGGCGCAGUGCUUCGAGAGCGUCUCUCGCCUCAUCGCCAGCAACGCUCCCCACGCCGGCUACAUCGACCAGUCCUUCCUGGCCCACCAGGCCUCCUGCAUGACCUUCGGGGACCUGGCCAACAAGCACUGCCCGGCCGCCCACAAGCUCAUAGCCGGCGCCGCCGACAACGUGCUCGAGGUCUACUCGGAGUGGCUGUCGUGGCUCUUCCCCGGGCUGCCCUUCGCCUACGCCGUGCGGGUGCUGGACGUGUUCCUGCUGGAGGGCCAGAAGGUGCUGUACCGCAUCGCCCUGGCCCUGCUGAAGCAGUUCCGCCUCUCGCUGGCCCCGGCCGGGCCGCAGGGCUCCGACAUCAAGGCAGAGCUGCAGGCUUUCGUGAGGAACAUCGCCCAGCACGUCACUGUGGACAAACUCCUGGAGAGAGCCUUCGGCAUCCGGCUCUUCUCCCGCAAGGAGAUCUGGCUCCUGCAGAUGGCCAACAGGAAGGCGUUGAUGGAGAGGGGCAUCACCGUGGUGCAGAGAAGGCCGUCCUUCCACCUGGCUGUGGACAUGCAGAACUUCAGCUCCAGCACGGUCACGGCGCAGGAGAUGCGCCUCGUCUGGUCCUGGAUCCCCGAGCGCUUCUCGCUCUUCCCCCCGCUGCUGCUCUUCUCCACCUCCGAGGACGGCUGCAGCCUGCAGAGGUUCUACACGUGCUGUGAAGGCUACGAACCCACGGUGCUGCUCAUCAAAACCACCGAGGGGGAGGUGUGUGGGGCGUUUCUCUCCUCCGACUGGAGCGAAAGGAAGAAGAACGGAGCCACGUCGGGCUUUUUUGGGACAGGGGAGUGCUUCGUGUUCACUGUGCGCCCCGAGGCAGAGAGGUACGAGUGGGUGUUCAUCAAGAAGCCGGAGCUGGCCAAGGCCGUGCCGCGCUCGCCUUCCCCCGCUGCCGAGCCCCGGCUCGGCCCCUCCCGGGACAGCCGCAGCUCCAGCCCCAACCACCUGGCCGUGCCCUCGCCGCAGAGGAGAGGCCGCCUGUCCCCGUUCCUGGCCGUCAGGCACUUCCUCCUGCCCUCCAAAACUGCCUCCAUGUUCAUGUCCGGCUCCCGGGACGGCAUCGUUAUCGGUGGAGGGGGAGGCCAAGCGCUGGCCCUGGACGCCAGCCUGCUCUGGGGACACACGGAGCGCUGCGAGACCUUCGACAACCCCCCGCUCUGCCAGGAGAACUUCCAGGUGCAGCUCUUGGAAGUGUGGGGCUUCCAAAGCGCGUAGUUCCCGUGGGGACACCCCUCGUGUGCCACCACGGGCACGGGCACGGGCACGGGACCCUCCCCGCGCUGCCACCCCGGCCGGGCUGUGGCCACCUGUGCGGCAGCUCCACUCUGCAUUGUCCCUCCGCGGUCAGAGCGGACCGGCCCGGACCGGACCA